AUGUUUAGGCAGUUUGGCCCUCGUGAACCAAGCAACAAAAUCUUGAAAUCUCUGUACUGGGCUUUGAGAGGAUGUCAGUACUGGCUGUGCUUCUACGAUGAUGAAGUUGAAAUCGAUGUUGAAGAUCUCCUCUCAAACCCAUUCAAUACACAGCCUCCAUCGUUGGAUCGACUCCAACAAAUGACCGGCUUUGAUAAGAAAUGGCUCAUGUUCAUGUAUAGAAACUUCAAGCAGAAAUGUUGCAAUGGACGUAUGAUGAAUUCUCAAUGGCGAUCAAUAUUUCGAAUGUUAUUUCCACAUGCAGUUGAUUAUCAAUUCGCAGACCGUCUGUAUCAUGCAAUCUCACAACUUCGUGGACAUCCUCAUAUAACCUUUGAGGUAAUGGAUAUGCUCCGCCCCUUACCUACAAAAUUGAUAAAAGUGGGC